AUGGAACUGUUUAACCAGUCGUCUUCAAGCAGAUUUAUUCUUCUCGGUUUGUCCACUGUUCCAUACUUGAAGGUCAUUGGUUUCCUUUCCUUCUUGGUCAUUUAUUUGAUAACAUUGUCAGCAAACCUUGUACUGAUCAUUGUGGUGAGGAUUAAUCCAAAGCUCGAGACUCCCAUGUACUUUUUUCUUGUGAAUCUCUCCUUCAUUGACAUCUGCUUCUCUACCACUGUGGUCCCUAAACUCUUAUAUAACACGUUGGCCAAAGACAGGAGCAUCUCUCUACUAGAAUGUGCUGUUCAGAUGCAAUUUCAUUUGGCUUUCGGGUCUACAGAGUGUGUCAUACUUGCAGUCAUGGCCUAUGAUAGAUUUGCUGCCAUCUGUAAACCGCUGCACUACAAUGCCAUCAUGAGCUGGAAGAGCUGUAUAUGUCUGGCUACUGUGUCAUGGACCAUAGGCCUCCUUAACUCUAUAAUACAUGUGAUCUACACCUUUGAGAUGUCCUUCUGCAACCCCCAUGUCAACCACUUUUUUUGUGAGGUACCCCCAUUUUUACAAAUAUCCUGCAGUGAUACUUGGCUCCAUGAGGUAGCCAUGUAUAUUUCAGCAGGGACCAUAGGUAGCUUAUCCUUUUUCUUGACCUUGAUUUCAUAUAUUCAUAUUCUUUCCACCGUCUUCAAGAUCAGUUCUUCUCAAGGAAGGUACAAAGUUCUCUCCACAUGUGCCUCCCACAUUACUGUGGUGACUAUCUACUAUGGGACCCUUAUGAUUCUGUAUUUACGUCCACAUUCCCGUUCCUUUCCAAAUGUAGACAAUUCUGUCUCCAUCCUCUACUCAGCCGUGACACCCAUGCUAAACCCCAUCGUCUACAGUGUCCGAAAUAAAGAUGUCAAAAACACUUUAAGACAGAUUUUUGUUAAAUAG